UUUUCUUCCCCUUUCUCCAGACCCUUCCUCCCACCUGAGUACCUGACCACCUCCCACGCGGCCGGCGGCGGCAGCGACUCCAGCACCUCCCUCCGUUCCCCCGCUGCUGCGGCGAGGCGACUUCCCGGAUCCUCUCUGGGUGCGGGAUGCGGAAGAAGGGGAGGCCGGUGCCGGAGUGGCUCAACAGCCCAAUUUGGUCGGCGCCCCCGCCCGCGCCGGCCCCGCCGGACCCCUACGGCGCCGACCUCGCCCCGCCGCCUCCCCCCAAGCCCCCCCCGCCGGUCGCCACCGCCCCGCCCAUGCCGCCGCCGCCGUCCUACGAGCAGGCGGUGCGGGAGGGCGGCGGGCGGGGGGACGAAGAGGAGGAGGGCGCCGGGGCGGUCCUGCGGGCGCACCUGCUCGCCGACUUCAAGGCCGCGCUGUCGAAGAAGGUGGUGAACAUGGGGGAGCUCCAGCGGCUAGCCUGCCUCGGCGUGCCCGACGGCGGCGCGGGCGUCCGACCAGUCGUGUGGAAGCUUCUCUUGGGGUAUUUGCCAACUGAUCGUGGUUUAUGGCCUUACGAGUUAGAAAAGAAGCGGAGUCAAUAUAGUGCAUACAAAGAAGAGUUUCUUCUAAAUCCUUCAGAAAAACUACGGAGAAUUGAGGAAUCAAAGCUUUCAAGAAAGAAAGAAUUAAAUAUUGAGAGGAUUGGCUUGCUUCCGAGAUUGGAAGUUACUAAUGAAGAGCAUCCUUUGAGCUCUGGUAAAUCUAGCUUAUGGAACCAAUAUUUUCAGGAAUCAGAGAUACUAGAACAGAUAGACCGAGAUGUAAAGCGAACACAUCCAGACAUAUCAUUUUUCUCUGCCAAGUCAAACCAGGAAUCUCUGAGGCGUAUUCUGAUUAUCUUUUCAAAAUCGAACCCCAGCAUAAGAUAUGUGCAAGGGAUGAACGAAGUUUUGGCACCUCUAUUCUACGUAUUCAAGAAUGACCCUGACCCAAGCAGCUCAGCUUCAGCUGAAGCAGACACAUACUUUUGCUUUGUUGAAUUGUUGAGUGGCUUUAAGGACAAUUAUUGCAAGCAUCUUGACAAUAGCAGUGUGGGUAUUCGAUCUACACUUUCAAAGCUGUCCCAACUCUUGAAGCGACAUGAUGAAGAACUAUGGCGUCACAUGGAGGUUACUACGAAGGUGUACCCACAAUAUUAUGCAUUUAGAUGGAUCACAUUGCUCUUGACGAUGGAGUUCAGUUUCAACGUAUGUAUACAUAUUUGGGAUGCUAUCCUGGGCGACCCCGAAGGCCCACCGGACACACUGAUGAGGAUAUGCUGUGCUAUGCUCAUCCUAGUCCGGAAGCGACUCUUGGCUGGGGACUUCACCGCCAACAUCCAGUUGCUGCAGCAUUACCCAGCUACUAACAUCGAUCACCUCCUGCACAUCGCCAACCGAUUGAGAGGGACCGUAGCCAGCUAGUUAUAUCUGUACUUCAAUUUUGCCCAUGUGAUCCUCAUCUGCUUAUAUCGCGAAAUAGCAAGAACAUCAGUGUUCCUAGAGUGGCGUUGCUUUUGUGGUUUGUUUGGCCAGCUUUGGUGUGGCCAGCCAAAACGUGGCUCAAGAUCAGAAGAUUAGAAGAUUAGACAAGAUAUCGGAGCUAUGAGUACACUUCUGUUUUCGUAUACAUCGAAAACAGUCUCCUGGGCUUCUUCCUGCUUUCAGUAUAGGUAAGCGAAGGAAUGAUUGUAUUCCGUUCAUGUGAAGAUACGUGCUACCGGAUAGGUUUCCCUUGUAGCAACAGAGGAGUGUUAUCUUUUGCAGUGUAUUAUUUUAAUGUGAUAAUUAGAAUAUGUAGAAAAAACUUGAUCUUGGAUAUAGGGAUCGCUGUGACAAAUUAGCUUGUCGCCUUGUUAAUGAAAUCUGUUCAUGGCUGUGGCACCUA